AUGGUGCAGCUACAGUGUUUGCUGAGCACGAGCGAGAAUGUUCGUGUAGUGACCGUCGAAAUGUCUCUGAAUGAACGCAUCGGUGUGUUGCAAGAUCGCCUCAGGGAGAAGCUGGAUAUGAUGGACUAUCGAGCCAAGCCAGAUAUGACCAUGAAGCUCUACCAGGUACAACAACAUCGACUCACCUACCGUCACGACCCAACAACGAAGCAGGAAGUGCUAUUCUUCGAUGGUGUCGAGGCAUCUGCAUCCGAUGCAAGUAGGACGGCGAUCCUUCAGAAUGCUACGCAGCUUGUGCCAUGGACGAUCGUAUCGUGGUGUUUGCAGGAUCAGCAGUUUAUCUUCCCCGAUGCGGUCGACAUUGUAGUCGUUUGGGAAAAUGAUGAGAAGCUUGCGUAA